GCCGCAGCUGCUGCCGCUGUAUGAUGACGGAGGAAGCGCUCAGCUGCUGUUGUUGAUGUGGCCCAGUGCGGAUGUGAAACAUGGAGUAAAAUUAUCCUGAUUAAAACCACCAAAGAUCAUUCAUUUCACUGCAGAGAGUCAGACAGACGCGGCGCCGGCAGCAUGUUUAAGGGCUGGAGCUCAUGGCUGGGCGGAGAGCUCGAGAACGAAGAGAAGACUGACAAACAGGAAACAGCAGAGGAGAAAAACAUAAACACAGAGACAGAAGAAUCACAACAGAUCCUACAGCAGGCCAAAGGGCUCAGCGGCUUCAUUCUGAACUUUGCAAGCACCGCGACUAAGAAGAUCUCCGAGUCUGUGGCGGAAACGGCGCAAACCAUCAAGAAAACAGUGGAGGAGAGCAACAUCGACGGCAUCAUCGACAAGACCAUUUUGGGAGAUUUCCAGAAGGAACAGGAAAAAUUUGUGCAAGAGAAAAAUGCAAAGAAAACAGACGCAGCGGUGCCGCCCUGGGUCGGAUACAACGAGGAGGAAACUAUUCAGCAGCAGAUACUGGCUUUAUCCGCUGACAAGAGGAACUUCCUGCGUGACCCUCCGGCUGGAGUGCAGUUCCAUUUCGACUUCGAGCAGAUGUACCCCGUUGCCCUGGUGAUGUUACAGGAAGACGAACUGCUCAACAGGAUGCGCUUUGACCUCGUCCCUAAACAGGUGAAGGAGGACGUGUUCUGGAGGAAUUAUUUCUACCGCGUGUCUCUGAUCAAGCAGUCGGCUCAGCUCACGGCGCUCGCGGCUCAGCAGCAGGCGGCCGAGAAGAGAGAGGAGGAGAAAAACGCAGCCGCUCCGCUCAACGAGACUCUCUCAGAAACCAUCAGACCGAAAACGCCUCCUGUCGCCAUCAGCGCGAAACCCAAGACUAACGAGGAAGAGGAAGACAUCUCCACCAGCCCCGGCGUGUCCGAGUUCGUGAGCGACGCGUUUGACGCCUGUGACAUAAACCAGGAGGAUCUGAGGAAAGAAAUGGAGCAGCUGGUGCUGGAUAAGAAGGACGAAGAGACCGCCGACUGGGAGAAGGAACUGCAGCAGGAGCUUCAGGAGUAUGAGGUGGUCGUCGACACAGAAAAUCGAGAUGAUAACUGGGACCGUGAGAUUGAGGAGAUGCUGCAGGACGACAGCUAAAGCGUAACAUCGCCCCCUCUGGUGUGGAGGACACAGGAAACUAAAUCAGUUUCAUCAAUCUGACUGGACUGAAGUUUCUAUAAGAAUGUUUAAUAUAAACAAGUGUGAAAUGUGAUGUUUAGGAGGUAGCGGGAUUCGGUGAGGUGCCAACAUGCACAGUAGCUAAGAUAAGGUUCCUCUCUCUGAUCGUAGUUAGCGAGAACAUGUAAAUCAGAUGUAGUUUGCUGAUUUAUUUCUUCUAAUUUCUGCCUUCUUUCAGAGGUGCAAAAGCAAACCAAAACUCAAAAAUAUCUAAUAUCUAAACAUUCUUAAAUCAAGAAAUAUUUACUGGAGAAGCAGAAUGACUGAAGAUAGACUUUAAGAAAACAAGACUCAAUAUCUUCAGUCAUUUCUGCUUCUCCAGUAAAUGAAUCUUGAUUCAAGAAUGUUUAAAUAUUUGUGCUGGAAAACGACAGAAACACUGAGGAAGAACAUGAUUUUUGCAGUGCUCAAACACUAUAAUCACAUAUGGAGUUUCUCUGAAGGCAGUCAUGUGACUUGUUUAAUUAAAGAAAGCAAGUGCUUCUCAUUCCUUUAUUUGUUUUUUGAAUAUCGAUUUGAUAUUUGUAUUCUGUUCAUCAAGUGGCAGGAUUCGGUUUCUCUGUUGAGAUAAAAUUCCAUACACGUUUAAUCAAACAAUAUUUACAUGUUUGUAAGGCGAGAGCUUUGGUAUAACUUUGUGUUUGUUUAUAUUUUCAACCUGCACCUUGUCUUAUUACUUUACAAAUGAAUAAUCAUGAUUUUGUUGCCGUAAAUAAAAUCUUUGUCUCUAAAAUUCUCUACUUUCUGGUUUCUUGUAGCGUAAUGCACCCGCAUUUGUUCAAUACACUAUAAUUAUGCAGUUUUGUUCCCAUCGUAAAUACUUUUUUUUUUUUCUCCAUUUUAACACCAAUUUGCCACUUGUCUGCCACCUGAUGUCACCUGAUGGAGUUUGGGUUCCUUGCCGCUGUCGCCUCUGGCUUGCUUAGUUGGGGACACUUGACUUGACAUUUGAUAUUCAACAGUGCUUUUGAUCUGCCUGCAUUGACACUAUUCUUUAAGAGAUGCUGUGCAGCCAAACAAUGUACCAGUUAUCAAUGUAAAGCUGCUUUGACACAAUCUACAUUGUAAAAAGCGCUAUAUAAAUAAAGGUGACUUGACUUGA